AUGGUUAUCUGUGAGUGUGUGUCACCCCUCCCCUUCUCCACCCUGCCCAUUCUGUACCUCAGCCGGCCAUGGCGGGGUGCGUGGCUGGCUCUGGUCCUCACCACAUCUUCUCAUAAGACUUUCAGGAUCAUGCAGUUCCUGGCCAAGAAACAAAAGCAGGAUCGUCCCACUCCCAAAUGGAUUCAGAUGAAAACUUGUAAUAAAAUCAGGUACAACUCCAAGAAGAGAGACUGGAGAAGAACCAAGCUGGGUCUGUAA